AGAAAUUGCCUUGUUUCUUCCAUUUCAUUUCUCAAUUCUGGGUAGAAUCUGAAAAAUCGGGAAAAUUUUACCUCAACAAAAUUUUGAAGAGCAAAAGUCCGUGGCUGCACGGUGGGUAUGGAGAAAGAUAAAGAGAAGGAGAAAGAAGAAGAACAAGAAGGCAUGUCGGUUCACUCUCCAUGCAAAGCUCCUCCUUCCUCUGCUUCCUCUCUCCCCAAGGAACAAUCACAGGUUGAAUUGGAGCUUAGGCUGUUGGAAGCUCUUGAAAUUUACCCUCCAGUCAAGCUUCGAGGUAUGCAUCACCACUUUGUCCUUUAUGGUCUAAUGGAAUUCCUGCGCAGAAGAUUUGACCGCCACUUUUCCCCUGACGAGGUUUUGCAGUUGAUCGAUCGAUUCUACAACCUAGAAAUGCUGAAACCGGAUGAUGAAGAGAUGGAAAUACUGAGUCAUGAGGAAGAUUUUAACUUGCCACAAAGUUACUUUGACAAGGAAGAAUAGUGAAACAAUUUUUGGUGUAGAUAUAUGCAUAUAUGAGCUUUUGGUUCUUGUCUUGCUCAUAGCUCGUGGUCAGAAACAUUAUCAAGAUGAUGAUUCAUCUAUUCAAGUCAACAGUUUUAGAGUGUGAACAACACCCUUGCGAACUAAUUUUUCACUUAUCUUGAAAUGUAUACAGGAAAUUAUAGGGAGAGAAGGAAUACUUUUUCUUUUGUCUUUUGUACAUGACUUUGAAUCAGUGUGGUAGAGGAAAUUUUAACAUUUCUCUCAA